AGAGCCAGGUUUCCACAGUUCGUGUUAUCCAUAUGUCUUCGUGCUCGUCGGUUAUGUGCUCGUAUCUACAAUUGAAUUUCCAGCAAAGCGCAAAUCGUGAUGCUUCGUUCUGUGCAGCAGCAAAGCUCACGGACACUUAGCACCACACGUCUGUUGCGCGAUGGACAUGAAAUAGACCUCUCCGAUCCAAAACAGUUGGCUCUGCACAAACUGUAUCGGCCAGAACGAGUAACCCCAGCGAAGAGAGGGCUGGAGCUGUUGAAAACUCCGAGACUAAACAAGGGAAUGGCAUUCUCACUCUAUGAGCGACAAUACCUUGGUAUUCAUGGUCUUCUCCCACCAGCUUUUAUGACAGCCGAGCAGCAAGCAUUUCGUGUCAUGAGCAAAUUAAGAGAGCAGCCAAACGACCUUGCUAAGUAUGUCCAACUGGAUAGUUUGCAAGACCGCAAUGAAAAGCUUUUUUAUCGGGUAUUGUGCGACAAUAUAAAGGAGUUAAUGCCAAUUGUUUACACUCCAACUGUAGGACAAGCAUGCCAGAAAUUCGGCUUCAUCUAUCGAAAUCCGAAAGGCUUAUAUAUCACAAUCAACGACAACUCCAUCAGUAAAAUUUAUCAGAUACUUGCAAAUUGGCCAGCUACAAAUAUUCAGGCUAUUGUGGUGACGGAUGGUGAGCGGAUUCUUGGGCUUGGAGAUCUAGGUGCAUACGGUAUCGGAAUACCGGUUGGUAAACUCGCCCUCUACGUAGCUUUGGCAGGAUUGCACCCCGAAUGGUGUCUGCCAGUGCUGAUCGACGUCGGCACCGACAACCAAAGCCUACUGAAUGAUCCCUUUUACACCGGUCUGCGACGGCCACGAGUUCGUGGUCCAGAAUACGACACUUUGAUGGAUAACUUCAUGAAAGCAUGCACCAAGAGGUUCGGUCGUGACACCCUAAUACAGUUCGAAGACUUUGGGAAUCAAAAUGCAUACCGCCUUCUAGAUAGAUAUAAGAACGAAUACUGCAUGUUCAAUGACGACAUUCAAGGAACUGCCUCUGUUGUGGUGGCUGGUUUGUUGGCCACAACUAGGGCUACGAAGAAGAAGCUUUCGCAGCAGAAAUUCGUGUUCUUUGGUGCAGGAGGAGCGGCUACCGGAGUCGCUGAGAUGUGCGUACGACAGAUGGUGGAUGAGGGCUUGUCAGAGCAAGAAGCUUGCAAAAACAUCUUUAUGAUAGAUAUCGAUGGCUUGAUCACGAAAAGUCGAGCUUCGACCCUAUCAGAUCGUCACCUUCGAUUUGCUAAGGAUUUGCCGGAUACGAAGAGCCUUCUGGAAGUUGUCAAAACGGUGAAGCCCGCAGCUAUUAUUGGUGCUUCGACAGUGGCUGGUGCAUUCAGCGAAGAAGUUAUCGCCGAGAUGGCGCGGAUAAAUACUAGACCAAUCAUCUUUGCUCUUUCAAACCCUACGAGUAAAGCUGAAUGUACUGCCGAAACUGCAUUCCGAGUAACAAAUGGUGCCGUAUUAUUCGCAUCUGGAUCACCGUUCGACAACGUCGAGCUGAAUGGUAAACUCUACAAACCUGGUCAAGGCAACAACGCUUACAUCUUUCCCGGAAUCGCACUGGGAUGUGUUUUGUUCAAAGCGAAGCUCAUCCCAGACAAGCUUUUCCUUCUAGCGGCGCGGCGAGUAGCAGAAGCAGUUACGGAAAAGUCGUUGAAUCAGUAUGCUCGGCUCUUCCCACGAAUCAAAAGCAUUCGUGAAUUGUCGAUUCAAAUCGCGAUUGAGGUUGGCGAAUAUCUGUACUCCCAUAAUCUUGCUACACUGCACCCGAAGCCGGACGAUAUGGAGUUAUUUAUCCGACAGCACGUCUACACAGUCGAAUACACGGAAUUGAUAAACAGGACCUACGACUGGCCUGCAAAGGACGCUAAGCACGGCUUUCCUGUUCCAGUAAUGCGCAGAUCUUCAAUGGAUGACGAAUGAGCUUGCUGAUAGUCGCACUGCACACUUUUCAGUUCAAACGACCUCCUAUUACCUCGCGUGCCAAAGAUAAUUACUUAAUCUAGGUGCUGCAGUUUAAUAACAAGUAUGACAUUUGGUAUA